UCAGUCUUUUUGCAAGUCGGGUUCAGUUCAGUACGAGACCAUGUCCGCCAUCAAGCUUGUACUCUUUACCCUUUCAUUUAAAGCAGCGUCUUCAUGAAAUUGUAACGAUAAGAGGCCUUAAGCAUGGUCAGCUUGGGCGCAGUUCAGGUGAAGUUGGAGCUCGGCCACCGCGCCCAGGUCCGAAAGAAACCCACUGUGGAGGGCUUCACUCACGACUGGAUGGUAUUCGUCAGAGGACCAGAGCACAGCAACAUCCAGCACUUCGUGGAGAAGGUCGUGUUUCACCUUCACGAGAGCUUCCCGAGACCCAAGAGAGUUUGUAAAGACCCACCUUAUAAAGUGGAAGAGUCCGGUUAUGCUGGUUUUAUUUUGCCAAUUGAAGUCUACUUCAGAAAUAAGGAAGAGCCCAAGAAAGUGAGAUUUGACUACGAUUUGUUUCUUCACCUUGAAGGCCAUCCUCCUGUAAACCACCUUCGCUGUGAAAAACUCACAUUCAAUAAUCCCACUGAAGAAUUCAGAAGAAAGCUGCUAAAAGCAGGAGGGCAACGAAAUCCCCAUAAGAGGAGUGCAGAGGACCCAAAAGUCAUGGUCAUGCAAGAAGGAUCCACAUCUCUCUUUGGACAAAGCCAGCAGCUCCCUGCCCUUCCUAGUAAUUCCUUGUCAUUUUUGGAGUCUAAAAGCAAGAAGUCUUCUCAUGGGUCGAAGGAACUCUCCAAGUGUGGUGGUAGUACACUCACUACCACAACUGCUACAAAUAGCAGCCUUUCAAAAAUUCAUAAAUCCACAAAAGAGCACAAGGACAAAUCCCUUAAGGACUCAAAAGAUCAUAGAAGUGCCUUGAAAGAACCUUCCAGGGAACUCGGUAAACUUUCCAAAGAUUCCAAGAAACCCAAAGAAAACCGACCACUUAAAGAUGAAAAACUUAUUCCGAAAAUGGCCUUUAAGGAGCCUAAGCCUAUGUCCAAGGAACCUAAAGUAGAAGCAAGUAAUGUCCACAGUGGUGGAACAGUAAUCCUGCAUAAUGACAGAAAGGUCCCAAGCAAAAGGCCACCUAAUACUGACUCUGAACUUGUGACCAAAAAGAGAAAAAAGAGUAGCUCAGAGAAUUUGCUAAAAUCCAUGUCCAGCACAUCUCCAGCCCAUCUUUCCUGUGAUAAAAGACAGGUAAAGGACAAAACCCAAUUCCGACCAUCAAAACUUAAAAUAGAGCUUGAAGCAUCAGAGAAAAAGAAGCCAACUUUACCACCUUUUGAAGAUGUUGUUGAUCCAAAUGACUCUGAUGUGGAAGAUAAUAUGUCUGUCAAAUCAGAGUCUGCACAUCACAGCCCAGCAAGCUCCAGCUCUAGUUCAAGCUCUAGCUCUGGUUUUACUCCCUCCCAGACCAGCAGACAAGUUUUAGAUCCUUUGGGAUCAAUAAUGCAAGAUCUUCAUUCAGAUGACAAUGAAGAAGUAUCAGAAGAUGAGGAUGACAAUAAUUCUGAUAUUGAGAGACCAGUACAUACACAGAUAAUGCAUAGAAACCGAAGGGUUAGCUUGAGUGACGGCAGUGAUAGUGACAACAGUGCUUCUUCUUCACCACCGCCUCAUAGUGAAACACCAGCUUUACUCAAAACAAGCAAUAACCAGAUUUUAGAAGUUAAAAGUCCAAUAAAACAAAAGAAACCUGAAAAAACAGUUAAGAAUGGUGACUGUGAAAAGGGUAUUUCAGGUUAUUACCAGAAGAUUAACAACUCAAUUUGCACUGCUGAAGAUAUUACCAAACAAAAUCAGGAAUAUCUAGAUGAGUUGGUGGAUCUUCACAGAAGAUUGAUGGCACUGAGAGAGAGACACAUACUUCAGCAGAUUGUUAACCUAAUAGAAGAAACUGGACAUUUUCACAUAACAAACACAACAUUUGACUUUGAUCUAUGUUCACUGGACAAAACUACAGUACGGAAACUACAAAGUUACCUUGAGAAGUCUGGAACUUCCUGAGGUGUGUCACAAAGUGGCAGGACUUUGGAGAGAAAUUACUGCAUCUGAAAAAAAAAAUGCUUAGUACUUGAAUUAAGCUUUAUUUUUAAAGCAUUUUGCAUCUCUAACCCAAGAGGAGAAAUCUGUCGAAGGAGAAAAAUGCUGAUGUCAAUUUUUGCAGGAAAUAUCUGAAAGCAUUUCACCUGGAAAGCCUUGAAUAUUUUUUUUAAAAAGAGACAAAAUAAAAAAAAAAAAAACCCUUGCUCUUAAUGAAUGUCUCCGGUUAUCAUAAAUGUCUGCGUGAUAUUCUGUUUGUGAUGAAUGCAUGUUUAACACUGCCUUAUUACAUUAUGGUCUAUUUAUUGUAUUUCAUAUACCUGACUUUCCAUAGGGAAUGACACUACUUUUACGUUUUCAGAAAAUUAGCAAACAUGGUAGAAGUAUAAUUAAUGAGGUAAAAAUUCCACCCUGGUUUUCUUUCGUAACAUCCAAAAGUCCUUCUUCUUCUUCUUCUUGCCCGUUGCCCUGGAGUUUACUGCAUAUCUUGAUUUGUGUUAUCCUUUGGUAACUGUUGGAAAAAAGAACUGAACAAAACAAACAUGUUUUUGUUGUCUGCAAACACUGCAUACUAACUUGUAUAAAAUAUUUAUUAUCUUGGGAAAAUUAAUGCAGUUAUGCACUCAUUCAGGAUUUGCUUUUAGAGCAUCUUUAGGAAUGAAACUCUUUCCUACAGUUUGAGGAUUAAUGCCAGUGUAGGCAUGUUUAAUUUGUUCUGAUGUCCCUUAAAUAUUGUUGGUUUAAAUUUAAAGUGCCAACUUGACACCUUUCAGAUAGCUCCUGUAUAUGAAGUACUGGUGAGAGAAAGUGUUUAACAACACUGUAUGUAUGGAAUUGUCAUUGGAAGGGGCUGAACCUGUUAUACCUAUAUUAAAAAAUGAAGAAAAACAUUAUUUUGAAGAUACGUUUUAUAUAUAUAUAUAUAUAUAUAUAUAUAUAUAUAUAUAUAUAUAUAUACAGUAUAUAAUGUAUGUGUGUAAUUUUUGUACCUGUAGCCGAAAGUGAGCAGUCUGUUUAUGUCUAACAAAAAAUGGCAAUUAUUGUUAAUUUAUUCCAACUGAAUUUUGUGUUCUGUUUAGAAAUCCAAUGUCAGUUUUUUGUGUUACUUUCAUUCAUGUAACCUUGUCAUUUUCCAGAUGUUUGGUAGAUAUUCCUCAAGAAUUUUAGCACAAAUGUUCAUAUUGUGCAAGUUUUUGAAAGGUAUGGUUAUUGUGAUUUUUCACAAAAUAUAUAGUUAGUCAGAACAUUCUCUAAUGAUGUUCAUAAUUCUUGUAUACAAGACUAAAGAAGUAUACUGUGGAUCAGAGUAGUGCUGUUUCAUUGUAGUUUAGCCGUUAUCAAAAUUUUGCAUAGUAACACAAGGUUCAUUCUAACGAUUCAUCCUUUAUCAGACCUAGUUUUAAGUUACUACUGUAAAUGAUGGUACAAAACUGUGUUUUGCUGUAUUCAUGAGUAUCUUUUCUGUUACAUUCAGCCCAAAGAUGUUUUUGUAUAUAUAUUUUUUAAAUUAAAUGUACUUUUUUAUGGAAGGUUUUGACUAGCUUCCAAGAGGAGUAUACUUUACUGUGGUUCUGAUCUAAAUCGGCAUGUACAUUACUUGAAACAUUAUUUCUUUGUUAGUAAAACAUGUGCAAUUAUUGUUUAAAGAACAAUGUAACAUCAAAGGUGAGAAGUGUGAUUAGUCUCAUUUUUCUCAUUCUGUUCCCCUUUUGCCAUAUUUACAUAGUGAUGAUUGUUUAAUGAGAAAUAACUGCAGCUUUGCCAGCUGUGAGUUUUGUUCAGUUGUGUUGAAAUGUUUUAUCAAGUCCAUACUUUGCUGAUUAAUUGUAUUUUUCUUUAAUGUUGUUUAUUCUGAUCAAUCUCUGAGGUGGCGAAAGUAAAUGAUAGCAAUGUAUAUCUUUAAUUCUUGAAUGCAGUUUCAGAUACAUGUGUUAAACUAUUGUUUAACUGGUGCUGGAAAUUUUUAAUUUAAACUGCCUUUUACCCUGUUCCAGAGAAGCUGCUACAUAUUAGGAAUUCAUAUCAAUGCCAUUAUGCCAUGUACUCUAGAGCACUUCAAAGUAAUUGGAAUGAACUAAGUGGAAAGUUCAUACAAAUACUUAGAUAUGAGUUUACUACAGAUAUGGAACUGGAAUUGCAGGCUAAUAAUAUCACUCACUAGAUAUGCAUUAGCUAUUUUCAUGUAAUUGUUUUGUAUGGAGAAUGUUAAUAAACAUUUUUGUUUUCUUUUU